AUGAAUAAAAGAUUUAAUAGUGUUCCUCGUUUGAAAAUUGCUACCUCAUUACAAGUUGAAUAAAAUAGUAUUGGUAACUCUCCAACUAUUUUUCAUACUCCAAGAAGACUUAUAACUGAAACUAAUAAAUAAAAUUAUUUUCAUAAACUAUCAUAUUAGGACCAAUGGAAAUCAGAAAGAUUGAUUAAAUAUGUUAAACAUAAAAUUAUUGAUAAAGGUAUUAAUAAAAAACAAGGUUUUUAAGAAAUUUUCAUUAUUAACAAUUUCAAAGUAUUUAAGUAUUACAUUCCACUGUAUUAAAAAAUUGAAAAUGAAAGUGAACUUAUCUCUGAUUUUAUUGAAUAAAGUAUUCAUCUUAAGACUCUUUUGAAUUUAAAAUCAAUUCCUAAAAUUUGGACUCUUGAUGGCUUCUAGAUUAAAAAUUUCCAUUUGCCAAAUUAGAAAGUAUUUUAUAUAAAUAAUAACUUUGAUUUCUGGAAUAUGAUAGCUCAUUAUAAUUAAUUUCAUGGUUCCUUUUAAUUAAACUUACUCGAAUCAAUUUAUAGUGAAAUCUCAAAACUUUCAAAUUCUUCUCAAAUUUUCGAUUACUUUUUUAGUAACAAUAGCAAAGUAAAGAAAUAUUUCGCUUUAUAAAUUAAUAAAUUACCUUAUAUACAAUGUUCAUAACCAAAAAUUGAUUUAGAUGAUCAUGAAAUUGAUACAGCAUUUUCAAUGUUAGAUACAGAAAAAUAGAAAACCAAAGUAUAAAUAUAUGAACAAUUAAAUAAAGAAAUGAACAGCAAAUCAAAUUAUUCAUAGAAAUCUAAUAAAUUAAUUAGAUUAACUCUGAAAACUAGAACUAGAUAAUCAAUUGAAUAAUAAAUACUAUAAGAAAAUAUAACAAAUCCUGAAGAUCUUCAAUAAUAAAUUUAAGAACAAGUAGAAUGCUAGAAUCUAUUCAUACCCUCAACUUAAAAUAUUGAAAUUUCAUAAGUAAACAGUCCCUUCCAAUUAAAAACUAAUUUAAAUGAUAGAUAUUUUAUGAAAAAUGUAAAUAUAGAUAAAAUUUAAAUGGACUAUAAAAUAACUAGAAGAUAAACAAUUAAUUUCCUCACAAUCUUUAAAUGUCUAUUAAAUCGUGAAUCUCAACCAAGCAAAUUGUUGAUAUCCAAAGCUAACUUACUCUUAGCUUAUCCAUACUUAAUGAUGGAGGGAUAAUCAUGUGGAUAUGAUACAUUUUUAUUUAUUAAAGAAACUAAUAUGUAGAGGUUUAGCUUUGAAGAAUUUGUUAAAAUAUUCACUCAAGGUAAAGCAUGA